AUGGCUAAAGUAAGUGAGAUAGAAGGUGAGUUGGAGGAAGAACCUCAAGAAGAAACAACUGAAAUAAAUAACGCUACCACGAUAGUUGACGACCUUUCAGCUGCUGCAACCAACCCAAUGACCCAGAAACUAAAAGAUAAUAUUGAAGAAUACAUUUAUAUGAUCGACCAACUAACUGCAACUGAGGACUUGUUAACUGACGAGG